CUCUCCUCAUGAAUAUUCAUAGCAUGUAAGCAGCGCGUGCGCACCGCGCCACCGAGUGUUUCCCAAGUGUUUGAAACUGGUAUUUGGUUUUCCACGUUGGACCAAGUGUAGCAGCAAUACACAUUGAUUGCUGUGUUUCUUACCAGAGGAGAGAGGGCGAAUGAACAGAAAGGAUUAAUACUGUUUUAUGCUUUUCAAAAGACAUCUACGUUUCUUUCAAAUAUAUAUUUGUUUCUUUUUUUCUGCGUUCAAGCGAGAGGAGUCUAGCGUAACCGACCCCAGACUGUCUCUGACAGCCAUUCACUCUGCUGCUGAACUGAGGAGAAGGAGAUAUUUCGGUCUCAUUUUUUUAUAUCUGAAUCCCAAAUGUAGUUUUCCUAGCUUCUUUUUUGUAUUCCUUUGUGUUUUGUGAAGAAGAAAAAAAAUGCUGAGCCCUACGAAUGGGGAUCCGCUGCACGUUGUUAACUAUGUGGAGGACUAUUUGGACUCGAUCGAGUCUUUGCCUUUAGAAAUGCAGAGAAACGUCUCUUUGAUGAGGGAAACUGACGCUAAAUAUCAAGAGAUUUUAAAGGAGCUAGAUGAGAAUUACGAGAAGCACAAGAAAGAGACAGACCCUGUGCAGAAGAAGAGACUGCUGCAAAGCAUCCAGAGAGCGCUGAUCCGCAGCCAGGAGCUGGGGGACGAGAAGAUCCAGAUAGUGAGUCAGAUGGUGGAGCAGGUAGAGAACCGAACCCGGCAGGUGGACAGUCACGUGGAACUCUUUGAGACUUGCCAGGAGCCCAACGAAAGCACAGUCACCCCAGGAAAAACCAGCCAAGAGAAAUCCAGAAACGAGACACUGAGCACGAACGAAAAGCCCAGCAAUAAGAGAUCCAGACGGCAGAGGAACAAUGAAAAUCGGGAGAAUGCAUCCAACAAUCACGAGCAUGGGGAGGAGAUCACAACGGGAACGCCCAAGGAGAAGAAAGCAAAAACGUCCAAGAAGAAGAAGCGAUCAAAGGCCAAGGCGGAGAGAGAGGCUUCCCCCGCAGACCUACCCAUUGACCCCAAUGAACCAACCUACUGCCUGUGUAACCAGGUCUCUUACGGGGAAAUGAUCGGCUGUGAUAACGACGAGUGUCCGAUUGAGUGGUUCCACUUCUCUUGCGUGGCACUUAACCAUAAACCCAAGGGUAAAUGGUACUGCCCCAAGUGCAGAGGGGAGAAUGAGAAAACAAUGGACAAAUCUCUUGAGAAAUCAAAAAAAGAAAGGGCUUACAACAGGUAGUUUCACCCCAAUCCAAGGUAGUCUUUACAGAGUGUAAAAGAAACAUUUAUGAUGAGGGUCAUCAUUCAUUCAAGUGAAAGGAUUGUUACAAUUUCAAUUCGAAGUAUGGUAGGGGUAGAUCUUUAUUCAGAGGCAUAUUUGAAAGUGCUGAAUGGGUAUAGCCGUACCUGCCUCCUUUUAAAGAUUGGUCAGAUAACAAUGAAAGAGAUGUGGGGGUUACUCAGUUGACCUAAACAGCAGCUGCAUGGAAUGUACCAAAUAGCUAAAGAACUAACUUUAAAGGAUUCUACACAACUGGAAUAUUUGAAUGUGGAAAAUAAUUAAAUACUGCUGCUGUUUAGAUCACUAGGUUAAUCUGCAGUGUUCAUUUACAUCAGUUAAACUAGCGAUAGCACCAUAGCAUUUUUCUCAGUUUUCAGAUUAACAAGCAAUAACUAUUAUUGAACUUACAUUCAUUUCCUUUCCUAGUUGCAAAAAAAGUGUAUCUCUGUUUUUUUUUUUUAAUUCAUUAAAUGGUUUAAACUGUUGCUGUAUUUAAUGUGCUAGUAUUUUAAUGCAGUGCAUUCAUCUAGUGGUGUCAUAUAUAUUUCAAAGCAUAUUGUCUUUCAAAAAGACCACCACUCUUUAGCAUUUAUACAAUUACCUAGUAAUGGGUAUCAAUACUGCUUUUAUUUGAGUAAAUUAAGAUAUCAGUACUAUCUUAUCCUCCUUAAACCAUUGGACCACAUCAAUAAAGUUAUGAAAAUGAUUUGCUUUGAAGGAAAUAACCCACACCCCACACCCCCCCCAUGGCACAAACAUUAAUGCAGCAAUGGUUUAUUUGAGGUCAAAAGUCUUGUUAAAUAUAGCAUUUUUGUACUUGCCUUGCACACAAAGGUUUUUUUUUUAAUGUAAAUAUAUGAAAGCCAACAGGUCAUUUUAACAAAAAUAAAAAUAGUACCUAAGACUAUAAAUGUUUUCUGGUAUAUGUUGUUUUUAAAAAAAGAAAAUAUUUAAUGUGAAAUUGCACUUCCUGUAUUAUAAAUCUAAUUGGCAACAUUGCAAUUGUGUAACUGUACAGGUGUGAUACCAACAAUAUUAAAUAGAAUAAAUGAACAGCUACAUA